GGGCUUUAAGUCUAUGACGAAUUCACAUAUUUCCUGCUUCCUGUCGCUCACAUGUCUCGCGGUUGUGCGCUAACAUAUUUCCUUAUUUAUUGACAUAUUUAUUAAUUUAUUCGUAACAAUGAUCAUUUCGACGAACGAGAAUAAUCCGAAUGCGUUGAAGUUGAUUAUCGCGGCUAAAUUGGCUCAGAAUACUUUCAUCAUUAAAGUCGUAAAGCCUGAUGAUGCUGUUCUGGGCCGUUUGCCAACGCUAACUCUACCCUCAGGGGUUUCCUUAUUCAGUGUGUCUUCAGCACUAAGUCUUCUAUUGCCUGUACCUAAAGAAUUGGAGGUUCUUAAUAAUAGAUGGUUGGAAUGGGAAAUUUCUCAAUUACAACCAACUAUGUUAAGUCACACAAGCACAAGGACUUCUAAAAUUUCACAGAAAUCUGAUUUAUGGUUUUUAUUCAAAGAUCUCAAUAGUGAAUUAAAAGACAAACAGUACUUAAUCGAGAAUCAUGGUAAUUUAUCACCAGCAGAUAUUUCUAUUUGGGUGAGUCUUUGGAGUACCAUAUUGCUUACAGAUGUCAAAGAUGACAUUUCCAAGGAUCUGCCUAAUGUCAGCAACUGGCUAAUUAAUAUUGAAAAGCAGCCAGUUAUUCAGGAAUCUAUUAAAGAGUUUAAUUUGGAGAGAGGUGUAAAAGCCAUUGCAAGUAUUCAAGCUGCCUCUUGGUUUCCUGUUAAUACAACUUCAAAUAGUUUCCAACUUCGUGAGUCAGUAUCAAGUGAUAUUAGUCCAACUAAGGAAAAAGAGAUAGAGGCUAUUAGUCAAGAAGAACUUCGUAAUGUGGCAAGUAGCUGGACUAGUGGACAAUAUCCAGAAGUUAAAGAAAGUUCAUAUCCCAUAUUGCCUAAAAAAGGUGAAAGAAAUGUAUUGGUAACAUCAGCUCUUCCAUAUGUUAAUAAUGUUCCACAUUUAGGAAACAUUAUUGGUUGUGUUCUUUCAGCCGAUAUCUUUGCAAGAUAUUGCAGACAACGAAAUUACAAUACCCUUUAUAUAAGUGGAACUGACGAAUAUGGCACCGCAACUGAAGCGAAAGCUUUGCAAGAGAAAACAACUCCUCAAGCUAUUUGUGAUAAAUUCUUUGACAUACAUAACGACGUUUAUCGUUGGUUUGGUAUUGGAUUCGAUUACUUUGGCCGCACUACUACACCUGAGCAGACAGAAAUUGUUCAAGAUUUUUUUCUAAAAAUUAAAUCGCAAGGGUACAUAUUGACUGAAACCGUGGAACAACUACAUUGCGAAUUUUGCAAUCGGUUCCUCGCUGACAGAUUUGUCGAGGGCAUCUGUCCCAGAUGCAAAUAUGAGGAUGCGCGCGGUGAUCAAUGCGAUGGUUGCGGUCAUCUCGUGAAUGCAGUCGAGUUAAUAAAUCCUCGAUGUAAGAUAUGUAACACUAGACCUGCCAUUAAAAACUCGGUACAAUUUUUCUUGGAUUUACCCAAAAUAGAAGAGAGAUUGAAAAAAUAUUCCGUUACAGUGGAGAAAGAAUGGUCCAAUGUUGCAAGAGUGGUUUCGAAAGCGUGGUUACGCGAUGGUCUUAAGCCGCGUUGCAUAACUAGGGAUUUGAAAUGGGGCAUACCGGUCCCAGUAGAGGGUUUCGAAAAUAAAGUGUUUUACGUCUGGUUUGAUGCUCCUUUUGGAUAUAUCAGUAUUACAAAGAGGUAUACCAAAGAAUAUAAGAAAUGGUGGCAACCUCUUCAGGAUACAAAAGUCGAUUUAUGCCAAUUUAUGGCAAAGGAUAACGUUCCAUUCCACGCGAUAAUGUUUCCCGCUUAUUUGCUAGCAGCCGAUCAAAAUUAUACGUUGAUCAAGUAUUUAAUGGCAACUGAAUAUCUGAAUUAUGAGGAAAAAUUCUCCAAAUCUAGAGGUAUUGGCGUAUUUGGAACUGAUGCCAGAGAUACCGGCAUUCCGGCGGACGUAUGGCGAUUUUAUUUAGCCUAUAUUAGGCCAGAAACUCAAGAUUCCAAUUUUAAUUGGGUGGAUUUAGCUACGAAAAAUAAUAGCGAGUUACUAAACAAUCUUGGCAAUUUUGUCAACAGAGCUCUGGUAUUUUCCGAAAAAUUCUUCAACUCCACUGUACCACCGAUAGAACGACCGGAAGAAGCCGAUUGGACCGUAUUGGCAUUGGCACAACGCGAAUUGUCGUGUUACAUAAACGCAAUGGAACAAGGCAAAUUAAGGGACGGUUUAAAAUGCAUAUUGGCGAUUUCAAAACACGGCAAUCAAUACAUGCAGUUCCAACAACCAUGGGUAAAAAUUAAGGGAACCGAUGAUGACAAAAAAAGGGCCGGAACUGUCGUUGCGAUAUGUUGUAAUUUAGCCUGUCUUCUGUCCGCUCUUUUGGCUCCUUUUAUGCCUUCUACAUCUAAAGAAUUGAGAUCUCAACUAGGUUUGAGUAACAAAAGUUAUGGCUAUAUUCCUGAGACGAUAACAAACAUGUUACCUACUUGGCAUAAAAUCGGCAAACCCUGUCCAUUAUUCACUAAGAUUGAAGACCAAAAGGUGGAAAUGUUACGCAAGAAAUAUGCCGGACAGCAAGAGACUGAAACAUCGACAGAUAAAGCUGUCGCAUCAUUAGAAGCCGCCAUCACAAAACAAGGUAAUUUAGUAAGAGAACUGAAAUCGAAGAACGAUAAGACCUGGCGAGUUGAACUAGAAACGUUAUUGAACUUAAAGAAAAAACUUGUUGAUCUCAAAAGUAAUACACCUGACGCAAACGCGCCUGAAAAAAAAUUAUCCCUAAAAAAUAAGAAGGCCGAACCUACCCACGUGCCAGAACAAAAUGGAGAUACUCUAACAGAUGUUGCAGCGUUAGAAAUGGCUAUUGCGAAACAGGGUAAUCUUGUGCGAGAAUUAAAAGCUAAGGAAGACGGAAGCGCAUGGAAACCACAAGUAGAGAUACUGUUGAAACUAAAACAACGGUUAAUGGAUCUCACUGGAACAGCACCAGUCGCUGUCGAUAAGAAAUCCAAAAAGAAAAAGUAGUUUUAAAUUCAUUUCUUUUGUAGAAAUAGAGUGACGAAGUAUUUUUUUUAUCACAUUUUUUCGAAAUUAACGCGUAAAUUAUUGUAUCCUAUUUAUUUAAAUAUUCUUUUGAUACGUUCAUAAAAAGAGCCCGCAUAAUAGUAUUUGAAUAAAAAAAUACAUGCGCUUCACAUUAAAUACAUUCAUUAUAUUCUACUCGCGCAUUUGUGUAUCGAGAAUUGAAAUGAAGGGAUCAUGAAAAAGAUAUAUUUGUACUUUAUUUAAAGUAUGUUCAUUCGCACUACUUAUACACGUGUAUGUAAUGAUCUGAUAAAUAAUUAACAUGAAAAUUGAAAAGCUUAA